AUGCAGGCUCCAGUUGUGUUCAUGAACACAUCUCAAGAGAGAACUACAGGACGUGAGGCGCAAAUCGCUAAUAUUACGGCAGCCAAAGCUGUUGCUGAUGUUAUCCGUACAUGUCUUGGUCCUAAAGCCAUGUUGAAGAUGUUGCUUGAUCCUAUGGGAGGUUUAGUUUUGACCAACGAUGGACAUGCUAUAUUACGUGAAAUUGAUGUGGCACAUCCAGCUGCUAAAUCUAUGUUGGAGUUGUCCAGAACUCAAGACGAAGAAGUUGGUGAUGGUACUACCACUGUUAUCAUUCUUGCAGGUGAGAUUUUGGCUCAGUGUGCUCCGUACAUUAUCGAAAAAAAUAUUCAUCCUGUUGUUAUUAUCCAAGCUUUGAAACGUGCACUAUCAGAUGCUUUAGAAAUCAUUCAGCAAGUUAGCAAGCCAGUCGAUGUUGAGAACGAUGUUGCCAUGAAGAAAUUGAUCCAAGCUGCCAUUGGAACCAAAUAUGUUAACCACUGGUCUGAAAAGAUGUGUGAAUUGGCAUUGAAUGCGGUCAAGACCGUGAGAAUCGAUUUGGGUACUACUUCAGCAGGCGAAACUAAUUAUGAGAUUGAUAUCAAGAGAUACGUUCGUAUUGAAAAAAUUCCAGGUGGUGAUGUACUAGAUUCGAAGGUUUUGAAAGGUGUGAUGCUAAAUAAAGAUGUGGUGCAUCCAAAAAUGUCUCGUUUAAUAGAAAAUCCUCGCGUCUUGUUACUAGAUUGUCCAUUGGAAUACAAGAAAGGUGAAUCUCAAACUAAUAUUGAAAUUACAAACGAAGAUGACUGGAAUAGAAUCCUACAGAUCGAAGAAGAACAGGUCCGUUUAAUGUGUGAACAAAUCCUUACAGUAAAACCAAACGUUGUCAUAACUGAAAAGGGUGUGUCUGAUUUGGCACAGCAUUAUCUUUUGAAAGGUGGAUGUAGUGUUUUGAGAAGAGUGAAGAAAUCGGACAAUAACAGAAUUGCAAGGGUCACUGGUGCAACUAUUGUUAACCGUGUUGAGGACUUGAAAGAAAGUGAUGUCGGUAAUGACGCUGGUGUCUUUAGAGUUGAAUUAAUUGGUGAUGAAUAUUUCACUUUCCUAGAUGAUUGCAAAAAUCCAAAGGCGUGCACUAUUAUGCUUAGAGGAGCUUCCAAGGACAUCUUGAACGAAAUUGACAGAAACUUACAAGAUGCUAUGGCAGUUGCACGUAAUGUUAUGCUAUCUCCUUCAUUGUCGCCAGGUGGUGGUGCGACUGAAAUGGCCUUGUCUGUCAAGUUAACGGAAAAAGCUAAACAACUAGAGGGUAUUCAACAAUGGCCAUAUCAAGCUGUAGCAGAUGCUAUGGAAUGUAUUCCUCGUACUUUGAUUCAAAACGCCGGUGGAAAUCCGAUUAGAGUUUUGUCACAACUAAGAGCCAAACACGCCCAAGGGGACUUCACAUAUGGUGUGGAUGGUGACAAUGGUAAGAUAGUGGAUAUGGUAGAAUACGGCAUCUGGGAACCAGAAGUUAUCAAACAGCAAAGUAUUAAAACAGCUAUCGAGAGUGCAUGUCUAUUAUUGAGGGUAGACGAUAUUGUUAGUGGUGUGAGAAAACAAGAAUAA